GAAGAUUUUACAUUCAGCCACGAAGUUGAGUUCUGGAUUCUCAUUUCUCGUGUUGGACAAGGAAGAGCCCGGACUUUCAAAGACAAAAGCUGCGCGCUUCCACCGUCGGCAGACCAGACCCCCAAUUCUAACCUAAACAUCAUCUACUCCCACUCAAUUAUUCCUUAGGUUGUUUGGAUUCCAGGAAAAUUAGAAAAAGAAAAAGAAAACUAGAGACUUUGUCUUCGCUGGGGCUUUUACUCCAACCAAUUCCGUUCAAUACUUUCGGAGUUUGCAAAGUGAUUGUGGAGUUAAGUGAAAUAUGGAAGACGUUAUAACUGAGAUUCCCCCACCAUCAAGGUUCUACCAAGAAGAUCUAAACACCUUCACACCUCCCUCAACGCCUAUUCCGUCGCCAUUCCUCUUGUUUUCCAAUCCAAAACCUAAAGAGCCUCUCCGACCGUCUCUCCUCAUCAUUGCCAUAUCAUCGUCUUCCCUCUACAUCUUCCACCACUUGCCCUCCAAGGAACUAGUCGGAAGCCUCGUCCUUCCUGAGUUACCCUUUUCCGGAAAUUCCACUGAGCCCUCUCUCCGAGACAAGUCCUGCAAUAUCUACUCCAUUGGCGAUGGAAACAAUUUGAUUCUCCUUGUCUCCGUCCAGUGCCCUGUUGCUGCGGAGAGGUCUCACAUUGUUGCUAAGUUGCUGAUAGGGGAGCAGAUCGUUCCUGAAAGGGUACUGGUUUUGGACUCUGUUCAGCGCCAGAACUUUCGAGGUAGGCUCUCGCCGGAUGACAUAUUUGCUUUCAAGCUGGAGACGUCAUCGGAAAGGAAAGGGCUUGGUGGCAGCAUUGCGCUCAAAGGGGUAGACUAUUUUCCAUCGGGAAGUGUGGUGGAGGGGCUGGCUGCAGCUCUGUUGAGUAGAUGUGAGAUGAGGAAGAUCAAGGGAACUCUAUGUGUUACAUGGCCUGAAGUGGGUAGUUCUGCAGUGUCCCUGGUUAAGUCUCUACUGAAGAAGGUUUUGCCUAGCUUGGAUUUAAGCAUAUGCGCUGGUGCUGAGGAUGAAUAUUUUAGGUCCAGCCAUAUCAAGGAUAAUCUGUUUGAUUCUAAAUUGUAUACCUGAACAACUAGGUUUCGAGUUGCUGGUUCUAUGUACCCAAAGAUGUUUGUUUUUGUCUCCCAUUUUAGAUCUUGCUAACAUAUAGAUUUUGUCGUUUCGAUGUUCCUCAAUUUUGUUUUCGGAAGAAAAAUGAAGAAUCAAGUAAUAGAAUGUUAUGCUGUUUUACUGUGAGAAGUUUUGAUGUCUUUCUCGUCUUCAGCCAAGUUGGUUUUUAAAAGCACUUGGAGGACCAUAGAGAAUUGGUAAUUUGAAAAUGUUGUCACAAUAAUGGGUCCAAUCAUGUGCAGCUAUGAGAUCAUAAAUUCACAAGGGUGACCAAGAAUUUUCCUUGAAACCAAUAAAAUGGAGUGUACAUUCUAUGAUCCAUUCAAGGUAGCGAGUAU